CGAGACCCCGCCAACAUGAAGACGCGACGCUCAAAAGCGAUGCGUGUCGCCCUCAGCUUCAUGCCGUGCAUUGAGUCUCCCACAGUCCCACUCCGACGCCAUCAUGCCCGAGAAGUCACCCUUCCAGAUUGACAUUCCCGCCACCGACGUCCUUUCAUACCUCUUUCCUCCGGGCACAACGCCGUCUGACAAGCCAAUAUGGAUUGACGCGGUGGAGACGGAGCACUCGCUGUCACCAAGACAACUGCUACAAUGGGCGAAAAGGCUGGGCCUGGGCUUGCAUGGAUUGGGACUGCAAGAGGGGGACGUAGUAAUGGUCUACUCGCACAAUCACAUCUUUGUCCCCGUUGCCUAUCUAGGCAUAUCAGGCAGUGGAUUCAUAUUCAGCGGUACCAAUCCGGCCUACACAAUCGACGAAACCGUCUUCCAGAUACAGAAUACUGGCUGCAAAGCUAUCCUCGUCGAACCCAGCCUCCUCUCAACAGUCCUCAAAGCAUCCACGAAAACGAGCUUUCCACAAGAUAAGAUAUACCUAUUCUCAGACAAAUCAGCCCAAACUACGAACGGCAUUCGCGAUUGGCGGACUCUGGUCGGGUCAGUUGAAGCGGCGGAGAAAUGGCAACGGAAGCGACUGAGCAAGGAGCAAUCGCAGUCUACGGUAGCCGCACUCAAUUACUCCUCUGGAACCACUGGAUUACCCAAAGGUGUGAUGAUAAGCCAUCAAAACGUCAUAGCCAACGUGGAACAAAGCAUCUAUAUGCGCGACCUGGAGCAGCCCUACCACCCGUCAAAUCGACCUGAAGAGCGCUGGCUCGGAUUCCUGCCUCUUUAUCACGCAUAUGGUCAGCUAUGGUCGAUUGUUGCAGCCUGUAGGUUGUUAACGCCUUGUUUUUUCAUGCGUCAAUUCUCUUACACGAAGUUCCUCGAACACAUCCAAAAUCACAAAGUUACCCACAUCCAAACGGCACCUCCGGUACUAGUCAUGCUCGCAAAACGACCAGAAACCUCCAAGUACGACCUAAGCUCUCUCAAAAAUAUCCUAUGCGGCGCUGCGCCACUAUCAAAGGAACUCCAGAAUGACGUUUCGGACCGAUUCAAACUGAAAGUUGUUCAGACAUGGGGAAUGACUGAGGUCACGUGCUCGUCGUUACACGUACCCGGAGGUCUUGACGACCGCAGUGGUUCAGUUGGCUACAUAGAUCCGAACGCCAUGAUGAAGCUCAUUGAUGAAGAUGGCAAAGAGGUGGGCAUUGGUGAGCGAGGCGAGGUUCAUGUGAAGGGUCCCAAUGUGUGCCUUGGCUACUGGAGGAACGAGAAGGCGACGCGCGAGACAUUUGAUGAAGACGGUUUCUUGAGGACCGGUGAUGUUGCCAUCAGAGACCACAAAGGGUGGUACUGGAUCGUGGAUCGGAAGAAAGAACUCAUCAAAGUCAGUGGCUUCCAAGUCGCGCCGGCUGAGCUGGAAGCGCUGCUUCUAGAGCAUGACCAUGUUGCCGAUGCGGCGGUCGUGGCACUUCAGUUCGAACACGAAGAGCUUCCUCGCGCGUAUUGUGUCAUCAAGGAUGAGCACAAUGGCAAAUCAACGGAGUGGGACAUCGAACGGUGGAUGGCCGCUCGUGUUGCGAAGCACAAACACUUAUCUGGUGGUGUAGUCUUCAUCCCAGAAGUUCCGAAGUCUCCAAGCGGUAAGAUUCAGAGGAAAGUGCUUCGUGAUUGGGCCACGCGAGACGCAAAGAAUCACAAACCCAAAGCGAGGCUGUAG